AUGAAAAUGUUUUAUAGUGCGUUCAUUGAAUCUGUCAUUUCUUUUUGUGUUAUCUGUUGGUACGGUAACCUUGCUAUCAAGAACAAGAACUCCCUUGGGAGUAUCGUUCGUGUUGCCUCUAAAGUAGCUGGGGUGAAAUUUAGAAGUCUGGAUGUGAUCUUUAAAGAGCAGGUGCUCAAGAAAGCAAAAUCCAUCCGAACAGAUAACACUCAUCCUCUCCACCACAAAUACAAGUUUCUUCCUUCUGGUCUCCGACUAGCUGUUCCCCCAGCUUCUAAAAACAGAUACAAAUUCUCCUUCGUGCCGCUCUCCAUCGGGGCUCUAAACGCAGCGGAGAGGAGGAGGUAA